GGGUCUAAUCUGAGUACAAUUAAUUUGCUGUCUUCUUUUCCGUAGCUUGCUGAUGAUCGUAUGGCACUGGUAUCGGGAUUAAGUUUAGAUCCCGAGGCAGCAAUUGGAGUAACCAAACGCUUACCUCCCAAAUGGGUCGAUGGAGCAGAUGAGAUUCAGUAUGAUAUCACCAGGGUUAAACAGAAGAUGAAAGAAUUAGCCAGUCUUCAUGACAAACAUCUAAACAGACCAACACUGGAUGACAGCAGUGAGGAAGAACGGGCAAUAGAAAUAACAACCCAGGAGAUCACACAGUUAUUUCACAGAUGUCAGAGAGCAGUCCAGGUCUUGCAGAGCAGGUCACGUAGUUGUACAGAACAAGAAGCACGUGUUCUCAGGAAUGUAGUGUCUUCCUUAGCACAGUCCCUUCAGGACCUAUCCACCAACUUUAGGCAUGCACAGUCUGACUAUCUCAAACGCAUGAAGAAUAGAGAAGAAAGAUCCAAACACUUCUUUGACACCUCAGUCCCACUGAUGGAUGAUGGGGAGGAUGAUACACUUUAUGAUAGGGGUUUUACAGAUGACCAGCUAGCACUGGUGGAGCAAAACACACUAAUGGUGGAGGAGCGGGAACGAGAAAUCCGUCAGAUUGUACAGUCAAUCUCCGAUCUCAAUGAAAUAUUUAGGGACUUGGGAGCAAUGAUAGUAGAACAGGGAACAGUUCUAGAUAGAAUUGACUACAAUGUUGAACAGUCAUGUAUGAAAACUGAAGAGGGUCUAAAACAACUUCAUAAGGCAGAGCAAUAUCAAAAGAAGAAUCGGAAGAUGCUUGUUAUUUUAAUUUUGUUUGUUAUAGUAAUUGUUCUUAUUGUUGUUCUUAUCGGUGUAAAGUCACACUAGGGUUCACUCCGUUUUCUUGUUUUUGGAGUUUACGUGAACUGUUUUUUUCCCAAUGUGAAUGGAUGGACCUGCACUCCAGAAAGCUGCCUUUGAAUGUAAUAAGCCCUUGUGGUGCAAAGUCUGUGCAAUGUUUCAGUAGAAUUCUUCAAAGUGCAAGUUUGGUGGUCUGUGAGGUGUUUGUAAGGAUUAUACGGAAAAUGUCAGGAAAUUCGAUGCUCCCAUACAAAUGAUUUGGUGCUCUGUGCAGAGGUAUUUGGAAGCACAGUACUUGAAAAUAAUUUAAAAAUUGAUGUUUACCAGUGGGUACAGUAAUUAGUGUGUUACUGUGAGCAAAAAUGUAUUGUCUUCUGUAUUCUUAUGUCACAGUUAUUACAGGCUUCAAACUUAAACCACGUUACUGAGUCAUGGGACUAGAUAACAAAAAUUGAUCUCGCUGUAAAAUCUGCCGAGGCACACAAACGGUUGAUUUCACCUCCUUUCUUCCAGACUCAGAAAUUCCAAAGAACUGGAUAGACAGCUAAAAAAGAAAGCUGUUAGCAACCAGAACGUAAUGCAACCCCUGUGAUCUUAAUUUAGAUACUGCACUGUUAUUAAGAAUCAGAGUAGUUCUUGAUCUGUAAAUAACAAGA